AUGGGAAGGCCAAAUAGGCAAAAUCGUGAUACAGCCAUUGUUGGUCCAUCCAUUGUUUUGCUACAAGAAAGGUUCAAGAAGCUGGGAAGGAUAAAGGAGAAGAGAGAACAGAUGAAACAAACACUCAAGAUGGUGUUCUCUGAGCCCCAAAGAAUCCUGCAAUCCAACUGUAGAAGCUACAAUUCCUUCACAGAUCAUGAAUUAAAUUUGUAUCUUCCAUCAAGACCAGCUUUUGAUGAAGAUCCACUCUCCUUGGGAUUUACCUUGAGCAACAAGCAUGCAGAAUAUGGUGCUCUCAAGAAGGCUCAACCUUCUUUUAGUGCUUUAUGGUCUUAUGAUGAAAGGGUUGUGAAUACACCUCAAAUGUAUGACAAAAAUUCUGAUGUUGAUACUUCACUUCAUCUCUAA